GACACACAAAAUCACAGAGUCCCUCUUAACAUAAUAUAUGGUUAUUAAAGCCUAACUAAGUUCAGUGGAUGAAUGGCCCUUUUUUAAGCAGAUGAGAAGGGGGCCAUGGGCAUGAGCCCCCCUAUCGCGGCAGUCAGUGACCCUCAAUGAACAUUACAUUCGCAUAGUGCAGGUAGAGUAGACGGCAGUACUUCCGGGUUUUCGACCGUGCUGUUGAGGUCAAAGGUAACAUACACGAACUGAGCUGACUGGAUCGACCCGAUCGCGAACUGCAACUGCCCUCUAAUAGAUUGGCAAGAAUAUGCACUUUCUUCUCCUGAAAAAGGAAAUUGAAUAGAUGGAUCUUCCUGAGGCUAUAGAGAUGGAGGAUAUGGAGAUCCCUCCUCCUGAUGCCCCUCCGUACACAAACAAUCUCCACACACAGAAGGCGUUUGAGGUGCUUAACGUCUUCAGAAAACAAAAUAUUCUAUGUGAUGUGAUUCUGGAGGCAGAGGGUGUAGAGAUCCCGGCGCAUCGUAUCGUGCUAGCCUCCUGCAGCCAGUAUUUCUCGGCCAUGUUUACCAGUGAAUUGUCCGAGAGUCGAGCGGAGAAGAUUAUUCUCCAGGAGGUGGAUGGCAGAGCUCUUUCAUUACUCAUCGAUUUUGUCUACACCUCAGAAGUUCAGGUGACUGAGGAAAAUGUUCAGACCCUCCUACCUGCUGCCAGUUUAUUACAGCUGAAUGACGUCAGAGAUGCAUGCUGUGAUUUCCUGCAAAAACAACUUCAUCCUACCAACUGUCUUGGUAUAAGAGCAUUUGCUGACGUACACUCGUGUAGCGAACUCUACCACUAUGGUCAGAAUUAUACCAUGCAACACUUCAGUGCUGUUGUCCAUAGCGAUGAGUUCUUUGCUCUGCCAGCUGCUCAAGUCUGUGAACUAAUUAGUAGUGAUCACCUGACGGUCCAUUCAGAAGAAGAGGUAUUUGAAGCCGUAGUGUCGUGGGUGAAGCAGGAUCCUAGUAACCGUAGCGAUUACAUGCCGCAGCUUGUUGAACAUGUCAGACUGCCUCUCCUUUCACGGGACUAUCUCAUCCAAAGAGUGGAGGAGGAACAGCUCAUUAAAGGUAUCUCAUCGACCGGCAACAGUGAUUGUAAAGACUUCCUGAUAGAGGCCAUGAAAUACCAUCUAUUACCCAAAGAGCAGAGAGGUACAAUGAAGAACCCUCGAACCAGAUUACGCACCCCUAUUGGACUACCAAAGUUAAUGCUGGUAGUCGGUGGACAAGCCCCCAAAGCUAUUCGCAGUGUUGAAGUCUAUGAUUUCAAGGAGGAGACCUGGACGCAAGCAGCUGAGAUGCCAUCAAGAAGAUGUAGAGCAGGGGUUGCUGUUUUAAAUGGCAUGGUGUAUGCUGUUGGCGGUUUCAAUGGAUCUCUGAGGGUGAGAACAGUAGACGUUUACGAUCCUGUCCGGAACAUGUGGUCUUCAGUGGCAUCUAUGGAAGCGAGGCGGAGUACGUUAGGCGUAGCAGUCUUGAAUGGCAUGAUCUAUGCAGUAGGCGGAUUUGACGGCACCACUGGAUUGAGCAGUGUAGAGGCAUACGAUCCCAAGAUGAAUGAAUGGAGACCGGUAGCACAGAUGAACACAAGACGGAGUAGUGUCGGAGUGGCUGUCCUCAAUGGUUUUCUGUAUGCUGUAGGGGGCUAUGAUGGGGCCUCAAGACAUUGUCUAAGCUCAGUAGAAAGAUACGACCCUGCUGAUAAUAAAUGGUCUACUGUGGCUGAGAUGAGUACAAGGAGGAGUGGAGCAGGCGUUGGUGUCGUAGAUGGCUUACUGUAUGCAGUAGGAGGCCAUGAUGGUCCUAUGGUUAGAAAGAGUGUCGAGGUAUACAACCCAGACUCAGAUAGAUGGUCACAGGUAGCCGACAUGACACUCUGUAGGAGGAAUGCAGGUGUAGCAUCGGUGAAUGGACUCCUGUACGUAGUGGGCGGAGACGAUGGAACGUCAAAUCUUGCCUCGGUGGAAUGCUUUAACCCAAGAACUGAUAAUUGGUCGCUUGUUCGCACGACCAUGACAACGGGUCGCAGUUAUUCGGGAAUAGCGACCAUUGACAAGGUCCCAUCGCUGAACGCUUACCGGGAAGCGAACUCGUUACAAUGGGAUCCCGAGAGCAUGAAGACGGAGGGAGCUUAUGCACAGCUGCCCAACCCGUGAUAAGGUGCUCGCGUUGGAUUAGUCGAUGACAUGAAAGGGCGCGACAGAAGCAGAGCUGAAUCGCCGGAAGGAUGCUUUUGAACACUGUGUGGCGUAGAGUGC